AUGAUGAAGUUGAGAAACGACAUUCAGAAUUUCAAACAAAAAGCGAGUGAACCAAUUCAUGAGUCGUGGAUUAGAUAUAAGAGGUCUCUGCGGAAAUGCCCAACACAUGGGCUGCCAAGUAACUUGCUACUCCAAUAUUUUUACCGAAGUCUUGAUUCAGUCAACAAAGGGAUAGCUGAUCAAUUGGUCCAAGGCGGCAUAAUGCUACAACCCUUUGAGGUGGCUUCAUUUCUCCUAGAUGGUAUGGUGAGAGUAAAUCAAGCUUGGUACGCCAAAGAAGAUCAAGUCUCUCAUCUGUGUUUCAGUCUGACGCAAGAGCAACUCGAUAAAGAAAAAGAGAGGGAUGAAAACAUCAAAAAGAUGUUGUCACAGAUGGAAGAUCUACAAGAGCACAGGAAAGGCAACUGUCGGAACCACAGAAGGAAUGAAGAGGGUUUCCACCUGCACUAUCAAUCACGGGUUGGAAAUCAAGGUUGGAACCACCCUAGAGGUGAAGGACCUUGGCGAUAUUUCCAAGAGUUGACUGAGCAUGACGAUUGUGAAGAAUACCAAACUCAAUUGAGUGACUUCCCGACAUCAAGGGGGAGCGACAGCAGCCCUAGGGUGAAUGAUCUACUGACAAAAAUUCUUGAGAAAGUUGAAGGUUCUGAUGAUUUGCUAAAGGGAAUGAGAGAUGAUUUUUCUUUACUAAAUAGCAAGGUGAACUCUCAUGCUAAUGCCAUCAAGAUGCUAGAAGGUCAAUUGAAUCUCUUAUCGGCUCAACUAACAACCAAGAUGUCAAAGGAAAAUGAGGAAGAAGAGCUAGCUAUAAUUACCCGUAGCGGGAAGAUAGCGAUAGGUAACGAAGGAGAAGAACGUGAAGAAAAUCAGGGUGAGGAAGAAGCAGAAGUUACCGAUCAUCAAAACAUCGGCAAGAAAGCACAAGAAGAAAUGAAUCAACACAAUGAGACUUCAAAAAUAAUACAACCCUUACCCAAAAUACAUCCACAUUUUCCCCAUCGUUUGAAAAAGAAGAAUGAAGAUGAGAGGUUUAAAAUAUUCUUGUCUGUGUUCAAGAAAUUGUCCAUCAACCUUCCUUUGGUGGAAGCAUUGCUGGAGAUGCCAGGAUAUGCUAAAUUCAUGAAAGAGUUAGUCACCAAGAAGAGGAUCUUGGAUUAUGAAACGAUUGAAGUACCUCAUAGUUGCAGUGCGAUCAUGACAAAUGAGUUAAUCACUAAAAGGGACGACCCUGGUGCUUUCACCAUCCCAUAUUGUGACAUUGAUGUUGAGGUCCCCAUUAUUUUGGGAAGGCCAUUCUUAGCAACUGGCAGAGUAUUAGUGGAUGUUGAAAUCGGCAAGUUGAAAUUCCGUGUGAAUGACAAUGAGGUAACUUUUAACAUCUGCAAGUCCAUGAAGCAACCAAGUGAUAUCCAUGUAGUGUCUACUGAAGAUGUUAUAGAUGAGGCAGUGGCAAGUGUGAGCCAUCUGCUGCGCAAGAAUGAGCCUCUUGAGUCAAUACUUGCAAAUCAUGACGAUUAA